CUCGAUAACUGGAGAACACUUUGUCCUUCAAUCAACAAACUUCAUAGGAUGCCCAUGGACAGCAGAAGAUCUCUAUUGUUUUUGGAACCAGUAGAUUAAUGGUCAAGGUCACAGUGACCUCAAGACUGAAAAUGAUAACUUUAGAUGCUUUGGCACAGAGACCUCCAACUUGAUUGGCAGAUGAUCCCUAUUGAUUUUGAGAUGGGCUGGGGAGAUCUGGGUGUGUUUGGUGAACCAAAUAAAGAAACCCCAAACCUUGACAAGAUGGCUGCAGAAGGAAUGGUCUUCCCGGAUUUUUAUUCUGCUAAUCCUCUAUGUUCACCUUCAAGGGCAGCCCUGAUGUCUGGUAGAUUACCAAUAAGGAAUGGAUUUUAUAGUGACAAUGCUCAUGCAAGAAAUGCAUAUACUCCCCAGGACAUCGUUGGUGGAAUUCCAGAUGAUGAAAUUCUCCUGCCAGAGAUCUUGAAGAAAGCAGGUUACAGAAAUAAAAUCAUUGGAAAAUGGCAUUUAGGGCAGCAACCACAAUAUCAUCCAUUGAAGCAUGGUUUUGAUGAAUGGUUUGGCGCUCCAAAUUGUCAUUUUGGUCCAUACAAUAACAAAAAUACCCCAAACAUACCAGUGUACAAGGAUAAGGAAAUGGUUGGCAGAUAUUACCAAGAUUUUUUGAUUGACAGAGCUACAGGAGAGUCCAACUUGACACAGUUAUACAUUCAGGAAGCACUGACUUUCAUAGAGUCACAAGCCUCGAACCAGGAACCAUUCUUCCUGUACUGGGCAGUGGAUGCUACACAUGAACCUUUGUAUGCUUCCAAACAGUUCCUGGGAACCAGCAGGAGAGGAUUGUAUGGAGAUGUGGUGAGGGAACUGGACUAUGGUGUUGGGAAGAUAUUAAACAAGUUAACACAGCUAGAAAUUCAUGAAAACACCUUUGUUUUCUUCUCAUCAGACAAUGGUGCUGCCACAUAUGCGAAAAUACAUGGAGGAAGUAAUGGACCAUUUCUUUGUGGGAAGGAGACAACAUUUGAAGGUGGUAUGAGAGAGCCCUCUAUAGCCUGGUGGCCUACAAGGAUAAACUCUGGACAGGUAUCACAUCAGCUGGGAUCAUUAAUGGAUCUGUAUACAACACUUGCCAGCCUGGCAGGUCAGGAUAUACCUACAGACAGAGUGGUAGAUGGGCUUGAUCUAACCAAAGUCCUCUUUGGAAAUUAUGAGAUUAAUAGACCCCUGUUCUAUUACCGUGGCAAUGAACUGAUGGCAGUGAGGGUAGGACAAUACAAGGCUCAUCUGUGGACAUGGACAAAUUCUGUGAAGGAAUUCAACAGGGGUGUCAAUUUUUGUCCAGGUCAGUCAAUAGAAAAUGUAACAACACAUGAACAGGUGAACAACACAGCUCAACCAUUGUUGUUCCAUAUAGGGCGAGAUCCUGGUGAAAAAUACAUCAUAAAAUCCAAUACACCAGAGUACAAAGCAAACAUAGAAGCUAUAAAUCAGGCAGUGAAACAGCACAAGGAGAAGCUAGUCCCUGGUAAACCUCAACUGGACUGGUGUGAUAACGCAGUAAUGAACUGGUCUCCACCAGGCUGUGAGAAACUGGGACAGUGUUACAAGGGACCACCAUCGAACCCAAAGAAAUGUGUUUGGCCUCAUUAACAUACCUGUGCAACUGCACUAAAGAAAAAAAAAACCUUUCUCCAAAAAAAUGGUCUUGUUUAAUUUCUGUGAAAGUCUUUCUUUAACUGAUACCCUCCGAUAGAGAUAUUUCCAAACUUAUUUUUAGAAUUGAAAAUUUACAUGUUUAUAUGAGUACUCAGUCUUUAUUAAGACUCAUUUUUGUAAUAAUGAAAAGAUGAAGUCAGAAAUACAGUAAUUCAAAAAUUAUAGUUCUGGGUUUGAGAGAAAACCAUUUGUCAAGUCAUUUUUAGCUCGACUAUUCGAAGAAUAGUCUAGCUAUUCUACUCACCUUGGCGUCGGCGUCGGCGUCACACCUUGGUUAAGUUUUUGCAUGCAAGUACAUACAGCCAUCAAUUAAAGGCAUAUAGCUUUGAAACUUAUUUUUUCUUUUUCUAGGUCAAUUACCAACCUCUCUGGGUCAAGUCCCAUAACUCUGACAUGUAUUUUGAGCAAAUUAUGCCCCCUUUUGGACUUAGAAAAUUUUGGUUAAAGUUUUACAUGCAAGUUACUAUCUCCAAAACUAAUGCAGAUAUUGAUUUGAAACUUCACAUGUGUCUUCGGGGUUAUAAAACUAGUUGAUAGCAGCAAGUCCCAUGACUCUGACCUUCAUUUUGACCAAAUUAUGCCCCCUUUUGGACUUAGAAAAUUCUGGUUAAAGUUUUGCGUGCAAGUACAUACAGCAAUUACUAAAAGGCAUAUAGAUUUGAAACUUAUUUUUUCUUUUUCUAGAUCAAUUACCAACCUCACUGGGUCAAGUCCCAUAACUCUGGCAUGUAUUUUGGGCAAAUUAUGCCCCCUUUUGAACUUUGAAAAUUCUGGUUUAAGACUUUUACAUGCGAGUUUCUAUCUCAAAAACUAAUGCAGAUAUUGAAUUGAAACUUCACAUGUGCCUUCGGGGUUAUAAAACUAGUUGAUAGCAGCAAGUCCCAUAACUGAUACGCAUUUUGGUCAAAUAAUGUCCCCUUUUGCACUUAAAACUCUUUUGAUAUUUAACCUUUUUUGGGUAAUAUUUUCCUGCUUCUGGGACAAUAUUUCGAAUAGUCGAGCUUGGCUGUCUUACGGACAGAGCUCUUGUUAUAUCAUUGCAAUAAACUUUCAAAUUGCUUUAGUUUCCAAAACAUCAUCCUAUAUUUUUAUAAGAAUGCUAGUUUCAAAUCUUUCAUUACAUUUUCUUUCAAUGAUGAUAGACUGUUUUAGUGUUUUCUCAAAUUCUACAUGAUUGUAAGAGUCACUGUUAAAUGCACAUCCAGAGUGAUGAAUCUCAGUGAAUAAUGUGUUAUCAUUUAAAUUCUUGGGCACAAAAUUUUGUGGUUUUAGGCAAAACAGCUAUUUCACGGUGGUAUGCAUUCACAGAUUUCAACUUCUGAACACACAAUAAAUCGGAAUUUAACUUAUUUGUUUGGUUCAAAUUUCAUGGAUUGAAUCAACAUGAAAUCAAGGAUAUUAAGUCUCCAGUGAAUAUUAUAUAAUGAUUUCACAGUAGAACAGUCAUAGAACAUUCCUGAUAACAUUUUGAAAUUAACCACUAGUUGCUUAGCAGUCUAUUGAGUGACCUUGUGACCAGGUUUCACCAAAUUUCAUGAAUUCAUAAUAUGUUUAUAGAUUUAAAUGCAAUCUCUUCAACUGGUUAUUUGGACAAUCUGUAUAUUAAUGCUAUAUGUGUAUGUUUGUCACUUGUUAUUAUUGGCACUGUCAUUUAUUGUAGAAUUAUGUUUUGGCUACCAUGUUUUUAUUCUUAACAUUUUCAUGUUAUUUGCAGCAAAUGAUGUAGGUUAUCAUUUCAUAUUUUUGGCAUUAUCAUGUUGUAGUGUUAUAGUUGGUCUCUAAUCAUUUAAUAUCAACAUUGUCAUGUUAUUGCAGUAAUAUAGUGGUGGUUGCCAAAUUUUGUUAUUGCAUUAUAAUAUAAUAUCGGCAUAAUGGUGUCUGUUAUCACAAUCUAUCACUGACAUCAUGUUAUUACAUUGUUGUGGUGUUACCAUUGACAUUGUCAUGUUAUUACAGUAUAAUGUUAGCUAUCACAUUUUAUUACAGAGAGUGUCAUGUUAUUUCAGUGUAAUGGUGUUGGUUGUCACAUGUUAUAAGUGACAUUUAUUUUUAUAUAUUUUUUUUUGAACCAAAUAUUUAUCUAAACAUUCCAGUCACGAUUCAACCAGACUCUUUUUGGUAAGCACCCAUUUUAACAGUUACUGGUACUGUCCAAAUUGAAAGAUGGGUAAGUUCAGUAUAGAAGUUUAGAAGGGUUAAUCUAGUCAGAAAGAUUUACUAACUUUUCAUCAAACUCUUCUUCGUGACAGCUGAAAAACCUUGUUAGUAAAAGUUGCCAAUGCUGGUUUGACUGUAAAUUCUUUUGGAGCCAAUUAAUCAAGGUUUUGAAAAUUUGUUUAAAAGGACAUGCCUCAGUUGUACAACACAAUUUAUCAAAAUUUUAAAACACUUGUUUAUUAAUUACAGAAAAUCAUAAUUAGUGUUGAUAUUCAGUGAAUAAAGAUUCUAACACGACCUAGCCAAGUUCGAUAACCAGCCAAAUUGCCCCUGGCACUCUUGGAUUAUGACCUUUGAAUUACUCGAAAUCUGCGAAUUUAGCCUUGUCCACUCUCUAAGUCAAACAGUUUUCAUCCGAUCUUCACAAAACUUGCUGAUAAUGUUUGUGGGCAAAAGAUCUUGGCCAAGCUCGAUAAUCAGCCAAAUCGCCCCAGGCAGUCUUGGAUUAUGGCCCUUGAAUUAGGCCAAAUUCGAUGAUGGGCGUAUUUUGGGAAGUCUGCCACUCUUACUGUUUUAUAGUUUUAUUUACAGUUGCAAAACAAAUGAAAGUACCAUAUAGAUUGGGAAAUAUUUUUCAUACACAGUGAGGCAUGCCCCUUUAAAGUAGUUCUAUACAUUCAGAUAAAAAGUUCUCUAAUAUGUAGAUUUUUAUUAAAUCAUGACUUUUCAAAACUUUAGAAUGUACUAGAAAAAGAUAGGGUCCUGUGUUCGAAAGAUGUUUGCCAAUGAUUAAAGAGAUCUUUGCAUUUCGAGCAGAUUUAAAGAAAUAUUUUGGAAUUAUUUAACGUGUCAGAUGUUUUAAAAUCAUAUUUCAACUUUAGAAAGGUAGUAACAUUGCCAUUGUAAUAAUUUACUCACUUGUUGCCAUUAACCGAUAAAGUGAUUUUCAUUACCUUACUUUACCGAUUUCUGGACAGAUGAUAUUAUGCCAUCACAUCCAGUUUAUCAAACAUGCAGAGUUUUAGAUUAUAUGAUAAAAAGCAUUCGUGUUACUCAUUUUGCCGUAGAGAUUGAAAUUAAUUUUUAUUUUGUGCAAUAUUGUUAUGACUGAUAGGGGGCUUGAGAAAUGUUGCUGAUUUUAUUUCUUCUCAUGAGCAGGCAUUAAACCAAGUGUGCUAUUAUUAUGUCUCCCACCACACAUUGGUGUGGGAUACAUAUUGAUUUACUCCAGUCUGUCUGUCUGUCUGUCUGUCACAAAGCUUGUCCGCACUGUAAGACGAACAUUUCUCAUCUGAUCUUCACCAAACUUGAACAAAAUGUGUUUGACCAUAAGACCUCGGCCAAGUUUGAUAACUAGACAAAUCCGCUCUGGCACUUUUGAAUUAUGGUCCUUGAAUUACUGAUUGGGUCCAUUCAUCACAGCCAUCGAGAGAAACUAGACAUUUUCAAAGUUGCAGUUGUGGGAGACAUGCGCUUUUCUCAGAAGCAUCUCUAGUUUUGCUUGGUUUUAUUUUGUGUUUCCAAGUGAUCUUCUUAAAAUUUGCAUUUGUCACCUUUUGGUUGAAAACUAGUUUCGGGGACUAAAGGAUUACACUUUUCCACUUGUCGAUCAUUUUGUCCUUCUGUCCAUAUUUUUAGUGUCCUGUCCAUAAGCCUGUCCUACAUCAAAGGAUUUUAGGAUUUUAAGAUAGUUAGGCACAAGUGCUCUGCAUAUGAGACAAUGACCCUGAUCCCAAGCCCAAAUGUCAAUGUCCCUGUAAGAGGUCAACAGUGCUUUUUUCCUGCCUGGUUUGUAACUUUAUGAUCUGUCAAGGGAUUUCGGUAUGUAACUUGUCUCAGAUGUUCCUAAUAGUAAGAAGAUAUGUCAUGGACAACUUUCAGACCUCUAGAUUGAAGAUCAAGGUCACAUUUGGAGUUCAAAGGUCAAUAUGGUGUUAACAAUGUUUGUUUUGUAUUCGGUCCAGAACACAAUUAUUCCUCCUUAUGAAACAAUGUGUCUUGUGCAACACCUAGACCCCUAGGUCAAGGUUUAUACUCAGAGAUGUAAGUAUGGUUUUAUUCCUGUCCAUGGCAUAACUCUGUCAUCUAUUGGAGGAUUUUAAGCUUACUUAGUGCAAAUCUUUCCCAUAAGGAGACGCUUUGUCUUGCACAACACCAAUAUCUUAAGCUGUAAGGUCAAGGUCAAAAUUGGAGCCAAUUUCAACAACUCUCAUUUUUUACAUUUGCAAAUUUUGAGAAAAACAUUAUGCGUUAUAACAUAUUUUAUAUAUACAUGUAGCUAAUUGACAGAUAUUAUGUCAUUAGGUUUCACUGCGGUUGAGUUAAUUAGUCGCUGUUCAGGAGGGGACUUUGUAUUGCAUGACACUACUUUGUUCACUUGCUCCCUUUUGGAUUUCCAUUGUCAUAGGAGAAAUGGGAAAGCAACAGGUUAAAUGUUCUGAAAAAUUUUGGACAACAAAAAGGAAAACUUUCUUCACAUUAAAAAUAGACAUCGCAUUAGUUCCUUUUCAGUCAGUGUUUUCUCAGGUAGCAUUUUUCCCCUUUAUCUACUUUUAUUUCUGAGAAAAAUCAAUUUUUGAGUCAAACUUUGAGGGGAUGGGGUUAGUUUGGGGCAAAGCAUAUGCUGAUCUCGCCACUCUCACAGUUGGAGGGUGUUCCCCCUUCUAUGCCUGUGAUUUCUGUAACUGUUUUGUAUUUAUUUUACCAUUUUUUUGCAUUUCUCAUGUAUACUAUGCAAUCUCUUUUUCUCAAAUAUAUUUAUAUACUUGUGCUUGUAAAGAAAUGAAAGCUUAUUUAGAUCUAUAAAUAAAAUCUUAUGCAA